CGUCUGCGCAGUCAUUUUUGUAUCUGCGCAGUUUCUUCCUGUAUGCGCCGUUUCCGAUACUGCGCAGUCGCUGGGCUCGCAGGCGAACGAGUUUACUGACGAGUCACUGUGUGAUCCGUGAUUUUUUUUUUUUUUUUUUUUUUGCGCCGGUGCAGCGGCGUCCGACGGUGGUGCGGACCUCGGCGGAGCGAUGAGCGGCAUGUCCGCUGACCCUGCGCAGGCGCUGCCGGCGGUUAUGUCGCCCCUUUCGGGACAGAUGCUGGAACUGGACGAGGACGACGACUUGGAAGUUUUCAGCAAGGAUAUGAAUCUGAUGGAUGGAAGCCCCAUGAAUGCAUCCAUGCCAACCUCUCCAGCCUCCAUGAUCAAUCAAUACAAGUUCGAAGAGGAAACUGAUGCCAAAGACAUUUUUGUCACAGUGGACAACCCAGAGAGUCAUGUAACAGCCCUAGAGACUUUCAUUACAUACAGGGUUGUAACUAAGACCACAAGAUCCGAGUUUGAUUCCUGCGAAUACGAGGUACGCAGGCGCUAUCAGGACUUCCUCUGGUUAAAGGAGAGGCUGGAAGAGGGACAUCCAACACUCAUAAUGCAUCCUCUCCCAGAGAAGUUUGUGAUGAAGGGGAUGGUGGAGAGAUUCAAUGAUGACUUCAUUGAGACCCGCCAGAAGGCUCUCCACAAGUUCCUCAACCGGGUUGCGGAUCACCCCAUUUUGUCCUGCCAUGAAGAUUUCAAGAUUUUUCUAACUGCUCAAGCCUGGGAGCUCACCUCACAUAAGAAGCAGGGCCCAGGCUUCUUGAGCAGGAUGGGGGACACUGUGCGGGCUGUGGCAGCCAGCGUCCGUGGUGUCCGAAACAGACCUGAGGAGUUCACCGCCAUGCUGGAAUAUGUGGAUUCCUUUGGUCAGAAGAUGAUCUCGCUUGACAAAGUGACCCAGAGGAUUGUUAAAGAACAAAAGGAGUACCUGGGGGAGCUGAAGGAGUAUGGGCCUGUCUACACCUUAUGGUCUGGCUCUGAGGAGGAGCUAGUGGAACCUCUAAAAGGAGUGGCCAGCUGCAUUGACAGGUGCUGCAAGGCCACUGAGGAACAGAUCGGUCACCUGUCCGAAAACUUGGUGCCUCUUCUGCACGAAUACGUCCUGUGCACAGACUCUGUGAAGGCUGUACUGAGAAGGCGUGACAACAUUCAAGCUGAGUCUGAGGCUAAAAAUGAUGCCCUGGCCAACAGGAAGGCUGAUAGGGAAGCCCUGAAGGACUCUAAGGAUCUAGGUUUUGUGCUGGGGAGUUUCCUUGGGAAAAAACCAGAAGAAGCCAAACAGCAAAAGGAGCAGAGACUUGACAGUGAAAUCAAUGAGCUGAAGGAGGAAGUUGAGCGGUUGGAAGACAAAGUCGAGUGCGCCAAUAAUGCACUGAAGGGCGACUGGCUCCGAUGGCAGGGCAACAUGAGGAGCGACAUCAAGGCUGCCUUUGUGAGCACUGCUGAGAAGAACGUUGACUACUACGAGAAGUGCCUGGCUGUAUGGGAGUCCUUUCUCACCUCGCAGACUGCAGCCCAUGACAUGGAGAGCAACUCUGGGCACAGCUCGUAGAGCUCCCCCUGCGCCCAACCACUGAAGACCAAAGAGACUGGGACCCGGAUGAGCUGCGGACAUUCCUGCUGGUUUGUGACCCUUCCAGACCCAGCCCUGUGAUUUUGUAAUAUAGUGUCACAGGCAGUGUUAUACUGCUCAGAAUUCUCUACAGAACUCUGCCUCAGGGUUUUGAGCUGCCCCACUACAUGAAAUGAAGCUGAAGGUCUUUUCAUAGUUGGACUUUUGGAUGCAUUUGUGGAAUGGCAGUUUCCAUUAAAACAUAAUGAGAUGAUGUAUUCCUUUUUAUAGUGCCUGAACAUAAUCUGAUAUUUUGAUGAUGCAAAACCACUUUUAGUGUAUAUGCAGUUUUUCUCCAGAUUAGCAUCAACAGUUGACCUGAUAUUUUAGUCAAGUUGAUUAGGCACACAAAGUAAAUUUUGUAAUCUGAAAUCCUUAAUUAUCCACACUUUUUUUAAACUGUUGAUUUAUUAGCUUUCUGAAGUACACUCAACAGUGUAGAAUAUUUUUGGACAAAGCUGUUACAGGCAUUUUAAGCUGUUUGGCUUUUAAUAUUGUAUUUGAAAAGACAACUAUUAAAAUGUAUUGAGAUGAUUAUUGUGCUCUUUUCACACUUGUUUUAUAGCAUAGUUCAUAAUUAUUGCAUCAUUAUGAAGGCUCCCCAUGUUUAAAGCUCCAAGAUUCUACUCUCUCUUUUGGAUGUCAUAAUACACAUGGACCUCAUCUUACAAAAGCAACUGAAUGAAUGUUCUAUAACUGAAUUUUUUUCAUUACUUACUUUUGUCUGUCAGUAAAAGCUGAAAACUACAUCUGUCCACUAAAUGGGUUAGGUUUUGUAAAAACCUCUGCCAAAGCUAUCAAAAGCUGUUUCAUUAUCAGAAACCCCUUGUCCUAAUGCAGAGUCACAGUGUCUGCAGCCUAUAUCGAAACAGCAUGAUACGGGAUACACCCUUGAUGUGCCACCACUACAUCAGCAUAACACUUUGGACUUUUUUUUUUUUUUUUAAAACUAAACUACAUUAUGUAAAACUUAAGAAUUAGCACUGAAUUAUUGCAGUUACUGAAAAUGUCUUUACAACUUACCCUUCAGUGCCAUUGACUGUGAGCUAUCAGAUACUUUGAACUUUGUUUACACAAUCAGUAAAACCUUAAAGCAGAUGUCCUUUAUUUACAUAUAAGCUUCAGUAAAUAUCUUGAAUAUAGCUAUGGAAGAUAUACUUAGUUAAGAGAUUAAAGGACUCUUGUCACUCUGUCCACCAUGCAUCUUUGGGUCUCUGAUCACUGUCUGGUUCAUCUCCUUCCGACCUUCAGGCUGAAACUAGCUAAGCCUGUAGUAAGGACUGUAAAAAGAUGGACCAAGAAAUCAGAGUUGGAACUACAGGCUUGUUUCAACUGUACUGACUGGAGUGUCUUUGAAGCUGCACCCACUGACUUGGACGAGCUCACUAAUGCCUCACUGAUACUGUGACAUCAUACAUCAGUUUCUGUGAAGAUAUGUGUUCCCACCAGGACUCGCUUAACAUACAGUAAUGACAAACCAUGGUUCACGGCAAAACUCGGACAGCUCCGUCAGGCGGAGGAGAAGGCCUACAGAAGUGGGGACAGAGUCUUGUGCAAUCAGGCCUGAAACACCCUGAGAAAGGAGAUAGGAGUGGCUAAGAAAAGCUACUCUGAUAAACAAGUUCUCCACUAAUGACAAUGCAUCGGUAUGGAAAUGCCUGAAAGAGAUCACCAGCUACAAGACUCCAUCCCUCCACUCUGUGGGUAAUCGACAACUGGCUGACAACCUGAAUGUGUUUUACCGCAGGUUUGAAUAGGUCCCUGCCCCCUCCUCUCCCAUCAACACCUCCUGCCCCCCUUCUGUUGUUCAAACUAUUCUGAGAAUCUGUGAAGAGGAUGUGUGCCGGGUCUUCUGGAAACAGAAGACAAGGAAAGCACCAGGCCCUGAUGGCAUCUCACUUGCCUGUUUGAAAGUAUGUGCUGACCAGCUGUCACCCACCUUCACCCAGAACUUUAACAGAUCACUGGAGCGGUGUGAAAUCCCCUCCUGCUUCAAAUGCUCCACCAUCAUCCCAGUCCCAAAAAAAACCCCAAGAUCACGGGCGGAAUGACUACAGACCUGUUGCCUUGACAUCUGUAGUCAUGAAGUGACUUGAGAGACUGGUGUUGGCCUACCUGAAGGAUAUCACUGGCACCCUCUGGAUCCCCUCCAGUUUGCCUAGAGGGCAAACAGGUCAGUGGAUGACGCAGUCAAUACGGGACUGCAUUUCAUCCUGCAACACCUCGACAAACCAGGGACUUAUGCAAGGGUCCUAUUUAUGGACUUCAGUUUGGCAUUUAACACCAUCAUCCCAGACCUCCUUCAGAUCAAAUUGAUACAGUUUUCUGUGCCCACCACCAUCUGUCAGUGGAUCACCAACUUCCUGACAGACAGACAGUAACUGGUGAGGCUGGGGAAAUUCAUUUCCAGCACCUGCACAGUCAGCACUGAUGCUCCCCAGGGAUGUGUGCUCUCCCCACUACUCUUCUCCCUAUACACAAAAGACUGCAUCUCCAAGGACCGCUUUGUGAAGCUCCUGAAGUUGGCUGGUGCAGUCAAAACAACCUGGAGCUGAACAAAAAAGUGGAGAUGAUUGUGGACUUCAGGUUCCUGGGUCCU